UGAGACAUAAUUUAAUUUAAUUUCUAACAUUUUGAAUUACCGACCAGCUUCACUUCAAUCUCCAUUUCCAUGGCGGAAAGAAAUCCAAGCCUUUCAAACGCCGGAUUCUGUUACGAAACGAGAAUUUACAGUAGCUUAAGGCAGCCCGUCCCCCUCCCGCCAGCUGAUCAGCCUCUUUCCGUCGCGGAAUAUUGUCUCUCCAUCUUCUCUUCCAUUUCCACCAGCGGCGCCACCCCUUUCGCCGUCAAUGCAACCACCGGCCAAACGCUGAGUUACUCUCAAUUCGUUUCUCAGGUCCGUUCCCUUGCUUACUGUCUCAAAAAACGCUACUCUCUGUCCCAAAACGAUGUCGCUUUCGUCCUCUCCCCUACUUCUCUUCAUAUCCCUGUGCUUUACUUUGCUCUCAUGUCGUUGGGAAUCAUCGUCUCUCCCGCUAACCCGCUUGGUUCCAACUCGGAAAUCUCUCACCAGGUCCAGCUCAGUAAACCGGUUAUUGCCUUUGCUACUUCACAAACCUCUCAUAAGAUUCCAACUCUCAAACACGAAACUAUCCUCUUGGACUCGCCCGAGUUUCUAUCUUUCUUAACUCUGUCCAAUAUCGAUGGUAACGUCAUGAAACGAAUCAAGGUAAAUCAGUCCGAUUCGGCAGCGAUUUUAUAUUCUUCCGGAACCACCGGGCGGGUAAAGGGCGUGAUGAUGUCUCACCGUAACUUAAUCGCAAUGAUGGCGGCGAUUCAUCACCACAACACUAUCGAAGCUGACGGUAGCGACAAUCCACCGCGAUCGGUGACAUUCUUCACCGUGCCACUGUUCCACGUGUUCGGUUUCUUUAUGUUGUUAGGGGCGGUUUUGUCGGCGGAUACCGUAGUUUUGACGGAGAGGUUUGAAUUUGCGGAGAUGCUGAGAGCCAUCGAGAAGUACAAGGUUACUUUCAUGCCUGUAUCGCCGCCGCUUGUGCUGGCGUUUGUCAAAUCGAUUUUGACUAAAAAGUUCGACUUGAGCUCACUUCAGGUGCUUGGCUGCGGUGGCGCGCCGCUUGGUCGGGAGGUAGCUCAGCUGUUCAACGAGAAGUUCCCCAAUGUGUUAUUGCUACAGGGAUAUGGGCUGACUGAGACUGGAGGAGGAGCGACUAAUGUGUUUGGGCCUGAGGAGGCUGCUCGGUAUGGGACUGUCGGCCGCCUUGCCGAAAAUAUGGAAGCCAAGAUUGUUGAUCCUGAAACUGGACAGUCGCUGCCACCCGGGCAGAGAGGGGAACUAUGGUUGCGAGGGCCAACAGUAAUGAAGGGUUAUCUAGGUGAUGAGAAGGCAACAGCGGAAACCUUGGAUUCAGAAGGGUGGUUAAAAACUGGUGAUAUUUGUUAUUUUGACACAGAGGGGUUCCUUUACAUUUUAGAUAGAUUGAAGGAAUUGAUCAAAUACAAGGCAUAUCAGGUACCUCCAGCUGAAUUGGAGCAUUUACUUCAUUCCCAUCCUCAAAUUGCUGAUGCAGCUGUGGUUCCGUAUCCUGACGAAGAAGCAGGGCAGAUUCCAAUCGCUUAUGUAGUGAGAAACCCUGGAAGUAGCCUCACUGCGGCUCAAACCAUGGAUUUUAUUGCAAAACAGGUUGCACCGUACAAGAAGAUUCGUCGUGUUGCAUUUAUCGAUUCCAUUCCGAAAAAUCCAGCAGGAAAGAUCUUGAGGAGGGAGCUGGUUAAUUAUACUGGUGGUUUGUCUAGAUUGUAAACCAGAUGUUGGAAUGAUACGGUCGUUGAUUUUGCCAGAGGAAUACCUGCAGUGAAAACAUGGUAACAGUUCACGUUCUAUUGAAACAUGGCAUCUUUUUCCCACUUUUUAUACAAUGGCUGCUCGUGUAUGCGUGUUGUAUCUCGUGGACGUAUCGAAAACUUUGAAGUUACAACUAUAAUUAUAAAUCUUGAUAAUAUGAGAUUUUGAUUAUGUACUGUAAUUCUAUUUAAAAAGAAUUAAGACCCCAA